AUGACAAUGACCCCCCCGGCCCCCAUCACCACGCCCCUCACCACCCUCCUCGGCAUCCAGCACCCCAUCCUCCUCGCCGGCAUGGCGCGCACCAGCGGCGGGCCCCUCGCGGCCGCCGUCUCCAACGCCGGUGGACUAGGCUGCAUCGGCGGUCUUGGAUACUCGCCUACGCAGCUGCGCGAGAUCAUUCACGAGCUGAAAGCGCACCUCUCGUCGCCCUCGCUGCCAUUCGGGGUAGAUCUCGCGCUGCCGCAAGUCGGGGGCGGCGCCCGCAAGACGAACCACGCGUAUCAUAAAGAAGGCACGCUGGAGCUCCUCAUCGAUGUGAUUAUUGAGGAGGGCGCGAAGCUGUUCAUUAGCGCGGUGGGCGUCCCGCCGGCCCAUGUCAUUAGCAUGCUGCAUGAAGCGGGCAUCUUGGUCAUGAAUAUGGUGGGCGCGCCGAGACAUGCGCAGAAGGCGCUAGAUGCGGGGGUGGAUAUAGUGUGUGCGCAGGGCGGCGAGGGAGGGGGCCAUACGGGGGAUAUCCCGAACUCCAUCUUGAUCCCCGCGGUGGUGGAUAUUGCGAGCCGGUAUCGACCGAAGCUGCUUGGUGGACAGACGGCUUUGGUCGUCGCGGCUGGAGGGAUCCAUAAUGGGAGGGGUUUGGCAAGUAGCCUGAUGCAGGGCGCGUCCGGUGUGUGGGUUGGGACGAGGUUUGUUGCUAGUAAGGAGGCGGGUUGCAGUGAGGCUCAUAAGGAGAGUGUUGUCACUGCAACAUUUGAAGAUACAUUGAGGACACUGGUGGUUAGUGGAAGACCGUUGAGAGUCAGGAGGAAUGAAUGGGUUGAUAAGUGGGAGGCUCAGCCAGAGAAGAUCAGGGAGCUGACGGAGAAGGGUGUAGUGCCCCUUGAGUUUGAUUUAGAGGCUGGAAAUGAUAUUGAUUUUCCUCAUUUAAUGGGAGUUGUUGCUGGUGUCGUUAAUGAUGUUAAACCAGCCGGUCAGAUUGUGGAUGAGAUGGUAGCUGAGGCGGUUCAGAUGCUCAAGCAGGGCCAGACAUAUUUGACAGGAUCAAAAAGUAAGUUAUGA